UGGACAGUUACUGUAGGUGUUCAUGGAAGAAGCUUGCAAAUGAAAGGGGGAAUUAUCGGCGAAAUCGUAUCAUCAUGACUUCGGUAACAUUGACUAAUCGGGAACUGAAGAACAAAGCAACUGGUGUUGAUAUUCUGGUGCCUCAGUACGAACAUAUCCCAGGACCAUUUGGAGGAUCAGUUGAUUAUCACAUAAUUGUGGUCACACAGUUGUUUUACUUCAAAACACCCACAAAACACAAGGAGUCUGAUAUUGUGCAGUUUAUGAUACCACAAAAGUAUGAAGUGUUUGAAGAGCUGUGCAAUAAGUUGACACAGAAGUUCCCCAGUGUUGUGUUUGAUACACCCCCAAAGAAACCAUUUUUGAUAAAUGAUGCAGUGAUCAGCGACCGUCGCCAGUACAUGCAGGAUGUACUACAACAAAUAGCCCGUACUCCUAAACUUGCCUGCAGUUCACUGGUUCUUGAGUUUCUCGGUGCAAAAAGAGGCCAUAAAGAGGUGAACAGAUUUGAGGACACUCAUGGCAUAUCAGAUAAGGAUGAAGACACUGCUACGGGAAAGAAAAAUACGCAAGAAGAGAUAACUGAUGAUGUUGACCUAUUUGCCAGUGCUGAGGGAAAAGAUGACCAAACUGAAGAUAGGGAAGAAGAGGACUUAUUUGCUGCUGCCAAAUCAUCUGGUCCUCUUUCUAAUUUUGGAGCGAAAGGCUUCUCAAUAUUUAGCACUGAUGAUAAAGAUGAUGCUAAUGAUGAAGAUAUUAACAGUCUGUUUGUACCAGCUGGUGCUGAAGAGGGAAACACAGUCAAUGUUGAUGCAGAAGAUAAUUCUGAGCUUCUAAAGAUUGAAGACGACUUAGACAAACUUUUGACUGUCAAAGCAAAACCUCAGAAGCCACCCAAACCAUCACUACCUGUUGCAAAGCCUCGUCUUAAGCCUAAACCUAAUCUUAAGCCUAAACCAACUCCGAAGCCCAGGUUUGUCGAGGCAGCUGCCGGGGAAAACGAAUUAUUUGGAUCAGAAGAUGCAGAAGCUGCCGAACAGAAGACCAAAGAAACAUCCGCUGCAAAGGGAAAACCUGGAAGUGAAGACUUGUUUGAUCAAGCAAGGAAACAUUCUUUUAGAUCAUCAUCCCAUGGAGAGGAAACACUGGACGACAUUUUCAAAACGAAGUCACGAGCAGUUUUUGAGACAGAAGACGAUGAAGACUUAUUUAAAACAGCAUCGACAGCCGAGAAGCGAAACGUGGAGGAGAUGAGUGUGGAUGACAUAGCCAAUUACAUUCAACAGAACGAGGCUGACUCGAAUGCAAAAUUAGAUUUAUUUUAAAGAUAGGCUCCAGGAUUUUAUGAAUAGUUUUAUAUCUAUCAACACAAUUAAUAAUUGGUACAAUAUUAAUUCCCAGGAGAUCCCCAGUAGAAAAUGAAGGGAUAUGGUGACUCUCUUGUGGUUAUAAAGCUUUGUCUCACCCUCAUCCUCAGGAUCUUUCUUUCCCAAAGUUGAGAUGGCGCUGCAGGAUGCGGGUUUCUCUGCCGCGAGGAAUAAUUGGAACGAGUAGGAGAGAGUUUUGCUGGGGGUCUGGUGCCAAUAAAUCAUUACUAGUGCUUGACCUAGACCCUUGAAAGCUAGUCCGCCAUACAGGAAUAGCCGAAAUUUUCCGAAAAUCGCCCGGCUAGGAAACUCGUUACU